GCGCCGGUUCAGACGACAAAGAGCUGUAGCCCGCUUUCUGUGGCACAAACAUCGCACAGGGCAAGCAGCGCUUACCUACAAGCAGCUGCACAAGAUCCACAACAGGUUGUCUCGACAUCAUUCUCGAGACCCAGUCUUCGUUGCCAACAUCAUGGCAAACAUGGAGACGUAUCCCUGGCAUUGCAGCUGUGGACGCCUCAAUGGCAAGCGCCAUGUGCAUUGCCCGGCAUGCAAGGCACACUGGAGCGCUGGUGUCCCACACAGCAACGAGCCAAAGAGUCCAAGGACUUACAACUACCACGAAGAUCAGUCGGAACAAUGGGACUGGCAGAAUCGUGGCAGGAAGACUCAAAGGAAAUGGAAGGGCCAUCAGCAUCGGCCUUACGACAGAAGCGAGAGUGCGAGACGCAGAGAAAAAGGAGGUGGAAAAGGAAAAGGGAACAAAAGUGCCUCAACUGCUCAACAAGCACCUGUGCCACCCACUGCCAGUGCACUUUCACAUGCAGAGCUUCUGUCAGCCGUCCGCAAGAACUACCCGGACAUUACUCAGGCCCCGGAGGACAUCCAGAGAGCCGUGGAGAAAGCCGAGAAGUUCACAUCGAAGGCCCUUACCACAGAUUUGAACAAAGCCUCCAAACAGGUAGGCAAAGCAGCCAGGCAAUUGUCGCAAGUCAAGGAUGCAAGAACAUCCCAUCGACAAAACUGGCUCAAACACCUCAAGGACUCUGUUGUCAGCUGGCAGAAACAGCUCCAGCUCUUCAAAGACCAACAGAAAGAGUAUGGAGAUCAAUUGAACAGAGCGCAACAAGAGCUCAACAUCGCUCGCAGACAUCUACAGCAGCUGAACAAGCAGGCUGCUGCAGUGGGAGCGCCGCUCUCCACCGAAACAGGCGAUGCCAUCCCAGAGUCGGCAGAGGGGGACACCAACUCCACCUUCGAGUUGUGGAAGUGGAGAUGGAGUUUUUCGGCACCUCCAGACCCACGGCAUAGGCAUCGGACGCCGCCUGCGGAGAUGCGGGAGGAUCCCUGGAAGAUGCACUGGGAUGAUAUGGAUAUGCGCCGGUUCAGACGACAAAGAGCUGUAGCCCGCUUUCUGUGGCACAAACAUCGCACAGGGCAAGCAGCGCUUACCUACAAGCAGCUGCACAAGAUCCACAACAGGUUGUCUCGACAUCAUUCUCGAGACCCAGUCUUCGUUGCCAACAUCAUGGCAAACAUGGAGACGUAUCCCUGGCAUUGCAGCUGUGGACGCCUCAAUGGCAAGCGCCAUGUGCAUUGCCCGGCAUGCAAGGCACACUGGAGCGCUGGUGUCCCACACAGCAACGAGCCAAAGAGUCCAAGGACUUACAACUACCACGAAGAUCAGUCGGAACAAUGGGACUGGCAGAAUCGUGGCAGGAAGACUCAAAGGAAAUGGAAGGGCCAUCAGCAUCGGCCUUACGACAGAAGCGAGAGUGCGAGACGCAGAGAAAAAGGAGGUGGAAAAGGAAAAGGGAACAAAAGUGCCUCAACUGCUCAACAAGCACCUGUGCCACCCACUGCCAGUGCACUUUCACAUGCAGAGCUUCUGUCAGCCGUCCGCAAGAACUACCCGGACAUUACUCAGGCCCCGGAGGACAUCCAGAGAGCCGUGGAGAAAGCCGAGAAGUUCACAUCGAAGGCCCUUACCACAGAUUUGAACAAAGCCUCCAAACAGGUAGGCAAAGCAGCCAGGCAAUUGUCGCAAGUCAAGGAUGCAAGAACAUCCCAUCGACAAAACUGGCUCAAACACCUCAAGGACUCUGUUGUCAGCUGGCAGAAACAGCUCCAGCUCUUCAAAGACCAACAGAAAGAGUAUGGAGAUCAAUUGAACAGAGCGCAACAAGAGCUCAACAUCGCUCGCAGACAUCUACAGCAGCUGAACAAGCAGGCUGCUGCAGUGGGAGCGCCGCUCUCCACCGAAACAGGCGAUGCCAUCCCAGAGUCGGCAGAGGGGGACACCAACUCCACCUUCGAGAUGGAAGCUCAAGCUCUAGUUCAACAAGUGCAAGAAAGCCUACAACAGAGCAUUGCAGCAGCCUCCAAGACCGACGAGGCCAUGGAAGUGCUCUCCGACGAAGAAGAUCGCAGAACAAAGAGACCACGCUCUAUGGAGCCCUUUGGGGGAAGUGCCCAAGAUGGUGGUUUCGAUGGACAGCGAUCCUCCUCACCCAAACAGUAUGAAGAUGAAUCUGAUCUGUCUUUUCUCAUGGCAAGAGCUCCUGGAGCGCGCAUGCCUUUGGCCGAGCCUAGCACUGACAGUGAUUCAGAUCUGAAUACAAACCCACCAACAUCACCAUCGUCGUUUGGCCCACCACAAGAAUGGCAAUCUGCACAAGUCUAUGACCUGAAUGGCAAUUUUGCGCAUGGAAGGGUGCACACGCAACCUCCAGAGGCUUCUUUUGCCGACAUCCGACGAUUGUUGGGCAUGACACACCAUGCUGUUGCAAACAUCUUCGACAUCAGGCCGUCGCCCAAGGAUCUGCAAGCAGCCAACAUUGCACCUUUCCUUCUCUUAGCACAUACUGACAUGCGCUUUGGCGACACACGCAGAGCUGUUCUGAUUGAUGUUGAGUUGCAUGGCCCAACCUUUGAGUCGGUUGUUGAGAUUGACAGAUACACCACAUUGCUGCCAACACCUAUACAUCGUUCGCUGAUCCUACGUAUUGCUGGUGUUUUACAAUACUGCUCUACGAUGAGAAAUCGAUGUUUGUUGUGGCAUCGUGGUGCCCUGAUCAAUGCGCGAUCACGCGCCAACUUGGACUUGAAUCAUGGCGAUUACAUACGCAUUGCGGUGCCGCCUUUUGAGCCAUCCAGCAUUUCCACUUACUAUGCAGUACGGGCUUGCCAACAUGGACUCAAUCGAAGACAAAUCAUUCAACGCCAUCGACGCCAACCUGAUCCUGAUGAACUUUUCACAGAUGUUGAAGCAGCACAACGACCCGCUGACGAAGCCACUUUGUUGCAAGUCAGCGCCACUGAUGCUGCUUUACCACAGGCUACAUGGAUCAAGCUCCCAACCACUGUCACCAUUCGGAACUUUGGCAAAUGUGCUGACCCACAAUUUGUGGCCAGUGCUCCUGGAGCUUACCAACCACCACGACAAGCAGAACAAAAUCAACCAUGGCCAUCAUGGUUCAGUUCUUUACAUCAAGCCUUUGCUGAACAGGCCGCAAUUGCUUGUGAAGAAGAAGGACCCAUCGCAUUCCUCACAACGUGGUACAUCACUGGCCCAUAUGAAUCUGCCAAUGAGGAGAGCAGAGUAUUCCGGCUUGAUCAACAUCAUCAUUACUGGAAGACCGACCUGGUUGACCUUUGGAGGGACAAGAUCGACAUGGCACAGGACCUUGAAUUGGUCUUUGUACAGCCUCAACCACCAAGUCAUGACACAGAAUGGACCAUUGGCCAUCUCAUUCUUUAUCAACGAGUUCGACCACCGCUCAAGCCUGCCUUGGUCACCAUCAAGUUCUUGACGGACAGACGAACGGGCAUCAAUCACGCAGUGGCAGCAUUAGACAGCCCCACAAAUGCCUUUCAUUUGCGCGAUCUUUGCCAGCUUGGCCGGAUAUGCAUUGAUCGACUUUGUGAACUGCAAAUCUCAGAUCGUCUUUUCCAAGGCACUGAUGCUGCACUCUUCAGAGCAGGCAACAACCUCAUCUUCAACGUUCAUCCACCUGUGGUUACCAGCCACUUUGGCGAUGAACACAUUGUUGCACCACAAUGGCUGACUACAAGUACGCAGACCAACCAGCUUGAAUUUGAGGCCACACCUAUCCUGCAGGAUCAGACAGCAUUCAUCCAAGCACUCUUUCCACAUUGGGAUGUCCAUGCGAGACCUGGCCCAGCCCAUCUGGAACGACUGCUACUUGUCGACACGUGGUGUCUACAUUCAGAUCGCAUUCGUACCAACGAUGAAAUGAGGCAAGUCAUUUUUGCUGAUGACUUUCACAACUGGGAAUUACAUCUGAGAAGCACUUGGCAAGAUCUACUUGAACCGCAAGUCGAGGUUGACUUCGCCAUCGUAUGGGAGUCUCCUGAACGGGACUUUGACCGGUCUCGAAUCCACAUCAUUGUGCACCAUUUAGUCCUUCAAGUGCCACGCUUACCCAGUGAGCGACCACAGCGACGCCUGCAACCAGAUGUCCAAGACUUGGCGCACAACCUUGAAGAAGCCCACAAUAGGCACUAUCUGCAUCAGGCCAUGGUCACGCCCAGCUGGAAUGUUGCCUGCAAAUUUGAAGAUGCAGUGAUCGCCAAUGUCAUCGCUGCACUCCCUGCAUGGUGUCGACUUCAUGAUCAUGCCUUUGCGAAGACGCAGUUUGACCUGACAAGAGCAGCUGCAGAAGCCCAAACAGCCAUUCGUCUACAAGACAGUGAAUACUACCAGGCCAUAGCGGCUGACAUGAAAGCAGCACGCCUCUUUAUUUAUUGGAUUGAGAAUGAGCUCUCUGAUUUUGUCCCUGAGGACGAUCAAGUUCAACACAUGCAGCUUUUGGAGACCGCAUACAUGUCAGUGCUAGAAGAUCUGCGCCCUUGGACAUUGCGGCUUCGCUACAAGGAAUUGGCAGCUCAACUAUGCCACCUUGAACAAGCUGACGAUGUUGCUCCGCGACCAACCCAAAAUCAACCACAAUCACGACGAGCACGUCAGCAUCCCAUUGAGAUGGACUAUGCCAACAUGGUCAAGGAAGAGCACGAGCGAAGACAGUGGAGGAUCGAUUGCAGACCGCAGCUAAGUCUGACCCCUGAGCAGGGUACCUUCUACAUCAUCCAUCUCUACGCUGGUCGCCGCCGAGACCGAGAUUUUCAUUAUCACAUGAACACCCUUUUACAAGGGAGUAAGCAGGCGUGGACCGCAUCUGUCACAGUGAUUUCGCUGGACACUGCCAUCGACGAGGCGAUGAACGUGCAUUCACCCAAGCUCUGGUCCUGGCUUUUAGCCGCUGCCAAAGCAGGAAGGAUAUUGGGAUUUCUCCUGGGCCCACCCUGUGAGACGUGGAGCAGUGCCCGGCAUGAGGUCAUUGAAGAUGCUGCAGGACAUCCUAUCAAAGGACCUCGCCCGCUUAGGCUUGCGGAUCAAUGCUGGGGAGUAGAAGGUCUUUCCUUGCGAGAACUGCGGCAGCUCUCGGUCGGAACUUGCCUUCUCUUGCGCGGCCUGUGGCUUUGUGUGCCGAUCGCACUAAGCGGAGGUGCUGUCAUUCUUGAGCAUCCUGCGCCGCCGAUGCAGGCUGAUCGCCCCUCGAUCUUCCGCACGGGCAUCAUUACCUUGCUCUUGCGAGAAGGCUGGUUGUUCAAGCGACAUUCGUUUCAGCAAUGGAAACACGGCGCGCAGGGAGUCAAGCCGACGUCCCUGUUUUUCGCCAACAACUCCAUCCCGAAGGUUUUGGACGAGCUCGCACUGCAGUCAGUGGAACGCCCUACGCAGACCCUGAUCGGAAAAGGCCAUGACGGCCUCUUUCGCACGACGGUUGCCAAAGAGUACCCUGACAAUUUGUGCGAGUGUUUUGCCCAUGCCGUUUGGAGGCAUAUUUCGGGUCUUCCGCUCCGAAGUGACGGAAUUUUGCCCAACGAUUUUGCCACUGAAUUGGCGGUUUUGUCUUCCAGGGUGGAUCCCGGAAAGGCAAUGAAGCCUGACUAUCAGCCUACCGGCUGA